GUUGCUUUUAAUUAAUCUGUGAGGUGGGAAACUAAAGAGUUUAUCCUAAUUCCACCAAUGUUGUCUGUCGACAUCUCACCAACCAUGGCUGCUAGCUAGAGGUUGAUCAUCAACUCUUGUAAGUUGUAACCCUAACAAUUAAUCUUUUUCUCUCUCUCUUUCUCACAUACAUAACCUAGUUAAGAUGAUCAAUUCCUUCUCCUUAUAUUACCCAUCAUUAUGAAACCCUCUUUCUCCCCCAUUUUACCCAUGGCUCCAUUUCUAUGUUCACUUCUUUCCAUAGUAAUACUAUUCUAUGUUUCUCCUACAAUCUCUACAUCACGGGACCCAUCCCUCCAUAGCCAACCCUAUAAGCAAACCAGUUUUCGGGUCAGCCUGAGUCAUGUUGACUCCGGAUCAAACCUCACCAAGUUCGAGCGUAUACAACGAGCAAUGAAACGAGGACAAUACAGGCUAAGCCAGCUCAACGCCAUGGUCUUGGCAACCGAUGGUUCAUCCUCAGAAGAUGUCAAGUCUUCAGUCUAUCCAGGAAGCGGCGAGUUCUUGAUGAAGUUAGCCAUAGGGACUCCGCCUGAGGAAUUCUCUGCUAUAAUGGACACAGGAAGUGACCUAAUAUGGACUCAAUGCAAGCCUUGCCAAAACUGUUAUGAUCAGCCCACUCCCAUCUUUGAUCCCAAGAAAUCUUCCUCUUUCUCCCAGCUAUCUUGUUCUAGUAAGCUUUGUGGUGCCCUCCCCGCAUCCCACUGUCGAUCAGACAGUUGUGAAUAUUUGUACGCCUACGGGGAUUAUUCCUCUUCUCAAGGGAUUAUGGCCACGGAAACGUUCAGUUUUGGUGGGAAUGUUUCCGUGGCCAAUCUAGGGUUUGGAUGUGGGGAGGAUAACGAAGGAAGUGGGUUUAGCCAGGGAGCAGGCCUGGUGGGUCUGGGUCGAGGCCCGCUCUCUCUUGUCUCACAACUCGAGGAACCUACUUUCUCGUAUUGUUUGACGUCCAUUGACGACACAAAAACUAGUAGCUUGUUAGUGGGUUCAUUGGAUUCGAACAAGAUUGAUACUAGCAAGAUGAGUUAUAAGACCACUCCUUUGAUCAAGAACCCGUCUCAACCUUCUUUUUAUUACCUAAAUCUCGAAGGCAUUACUGUUGGUGGCAGUUCCUUGCCAAUCAAGAAAUCUACGUUUGCUCUAAAUAAGGAUGGUAGCGGAGGUAUGAUCAUAGACUCCGGCACGACGAUAACAUACCUAGAAAAUAGCGCAUUUCGCCUUGUCAAGAAAGAGUUUGUCAAUCAUGUGAACCUUAAAGUUGACAAAUCUGGCUCGACUGGGCUUGACUUGUGCUUUGAAUUGCCAACCGGGACAUCCUCUGUGGAGGUGCCGAAGCUCGUGUUCCAUUUCGAGAAUGCGGAUUUGGAACUCCCCGUCGAAAAUUACAUGAUAGCAGAUUCAAGCGUCGGUUUGAUGUGCUUGGCCAUGGGGGGAUCGAGCGGGAUGUCCAUUCUUGGAAAUGUACAACAACAAAACAUAUUGAUUGUUCAUGAUUUGUCCAAAGAAACCCUAUCAUUCAUACCUACUCAAUGUGAUCAAUUGUGAUAAUGAUGAUGAUCAUAUCCCAGCUUGCUUAUUCCAUUGGAACUCAUUAUUAUUUUCCAUGAAAUUAAUCAUAUGUUUAAUUUCCAUCAUCAUGUAUGCAAUAUUGGUAAUGUA